AUGGCUGAAGAGCGGAUCAAACUAACACUGAAAGGUAGUCCUCGAGAGGUAUGGCUUUCUUUUCUAGACAACUUUAUGAGUGAACAACUGCGACUGACCUACUUUAAGAUUGGCGUUGAACAUGGCCGGUCACUGCGAGAGCAGAUUCAUAGCCAAAUCAGCAUAUACGAUGCCAUGUUCCAAUCCACUUCGAAGCUUGGCUGGCCUGAUGUCCGCGAAAUAGCGAAGGAGUUCAAACCUGCUCUUGAGAAACUAGUUCCUCAUAUAUAUGCCGAGAUUGAAGGAAUCUCCGAAGGGGCCGGUUUAGAUGUGCUCGAUGUGAUUGCCCUUAAUUGUCGCAGCGAGAUUGCCCUCGGGAAAUUUUCCGACGGCUGCACAUCAUUAUCCUGGAAGAAGAGUAACACUGCACGAAUCCUGGCACAGAAUUGGGACUGGACUGGAGAUGUGUCGAAGAAUCUGGCCCUGGUCACUAUUGAGCAGACUGGGAAACCUACCAUUUAUAUGGUCACGGAGGCCGGUAUUGUUGGUAAGAUUGGAUUCAACUCUGCUGGAGUUGGGACCUGUUUGAAUGCAAUUCGUGCAAAGCCGAUGAUCAGCAGCAAACUGCCCAUCCAUAUCGCGCUACGACUGUGCCUGGAAAGUUCAUCGGUCGAAAACGCUGUGAAGACUCUCGAGACUCUUGGUGGUGUCUCUUCGGCUCAACACAUCCUCAUCUCUGAUAGUAAGUCGGCCUUGGGACUCGAGCUGUCGCCAGUGGGUAACAAGUAUCUUGUCGAGGACUCGUUUGGUCUCAUCGGGCACACGAAUCACUUCCUUGAGAACCGCUAUGUGGAUGAAACACAAUGGUUAUCUGGUUCCCCUAUCAGAUUGAAAAGAGUGAAGCAGUUGGCACAGGAAUUGAUUUCAAAUGGGGUGAAUGGCGAUGGGAUCAAAGCCGCCUUGCUACGUGAGCGCAUCUUCUCGGACACAUACAAUGAUCCUCAGUCAAUAUGCUGCCGAGAGGAUGGGGCCCGCCCCAUGCCAACGCGUACUCUGUUCAAUAUUGUGAUGAACUUGGAUCCGGACAACCUUGGUGCUGAGGUAGUAUUUGGUCGCCCGGGAACUGAGGAGGAAGGACCAGUCUUGAAAUUGCCAUGGGCCUGA